AUGGAGAUCGUGGAAGACCAAUGGAUGCUGAACAGCAGUUUGAUGAACAUAUCAUUGGUGACAUCGAACAGCAGCUUGCAGAACCUAUCUGGAAAUGUAACAAACGACAACGUUCCUCUGCCAAACGCCUCCCCCAUCAUGCAGGCAGUUAUUGACGUGUUUCUGAUAAUUGGUUAUAUUAUACAGCCGCUGUUUCUUGUAGUAGGAGUAACUGGAAACAUGUUAACGGUUGUUACUAUGAUAUCCUUUCGAUUCAAAGACUUGACAUCGCGAUAUAUCCUUUUAUUUCUCUCCUUCUCUGACUCUGUUCUCCUGAUUACACAGCCUUUGAACAAAUUCUUUGUCAUCAAACAGUUUGGAAUGGAUCUCAGAGCGUUGUCUUCACUGUCAUGUAAGAUCUUCUUCGUCAUCUUCAGAUCUGCAAAAAUGACAUCAUCGUGGCUAGUCGUGUUGCUGUGCUUUGAACGAUAUGUGGCCGUAGUCUUUCCGUUGAAGGCAAAGUUCAUCUUACGCAAGAAUUAUAUUCUUGCAGCGAUUGUGCUCGACUAUGUUAUCAUAACGACGUAUAAUUCAAUUUGGCAUUUUUCGUCGGGAAUUCAAGGCGGUAUCUGCAAACCUGACUUACCUAGUUUGCAGCAAAGUGUGUUCGUAACAAUCGGAGUAACUUUUUAUUCUUUUAUUCCAACCAUUAUUUUAUUGGUUCUUACCCCUCAGAUUGUCUUUCGCUUAUUCCGUCACGCCAAGAUGCGCCAAGCGUUGAAAGGCAACUUAUCCAGCGCGCCUAACAGCUCCAUGUCGGCAAACAAGAAACAGAUAGACACGAAUUUGAAAGCAAGUGUGAUGGUCAUUGGUGUUCUGAUAUCGUACGUAAUCCUCGUCAUACCGAUUUCGACCGUUCACAUUUAUUCAUUCACAGCAGGCUUUAGCGCCUUUGAUGCAAAUAGCGUGGCCUUUUUCGUUUUUCGUGAGAUUUCGCAGAUUUUAGAACAGAUCAACUACGCGAUCAACUUCUUUAUCUACGUGGUUUGCUCCAGGCAAUUCAGACAACGCUUGAAUGAAAUUCUACGUUGUUCGCCUCACAGGCCGAGUAAAGAGUUUUCAAAAAGGAGGGCGAUUGACUCUAUUUCAGCUAUUAAUAGAUCUAUCAGUGAUCCAUAA